AUGAGGCUGCCGAGCCAUAGACAGUGUGCGACGGAGGCGGACGGGAAGAAGAUGGACCAGGCGCCGCCGUUCAGGAACCCUUUUGUGCACGUCUUGAAAUUCAGCCCCCUGGAGAAGGCGAAGAUUGCAUUGAUGACAGUCACACUAUUCCCCAUCCGUCUCCUCAUAGCUGCAUUCAUGAUGCUGCUGGCUUGGCCUUUUGCCUUCCUGGCCUCAGUUGGGCGCUCAGAGACAGUCGUUGAACCCCAGUGCCUCUGGAGGAGACUGGUGGACAUAAUUCUGAAGAUCAUCAUGCGGGUCAUGUGGUUUGCGGGAGGUUUCCAUUGGAUUACUGUGAAAGGGCAAAAGGCGUUGCCAGCAGAGGCACCCAUCUUCACCCUGGCACCCCACUCAUCUUACUUUGAUGCCAUCCCCGUCACCAUGACGAUGGCCUCGAUUGUCAUGAAGGCAGAGAGCAAGGAUAUACCUCUGUGGGGCACUUUGAUCAAGUUCAUCAGGCCAGUGUUUGUAUCACGGUCAGACCAGGACUCCAGAAAGAAGACAGUGGAGGAGAUCAAACGCAGAGCUCACUCAGGAGGAGAAUGGCCUCAGAUAAUGAUCUUUCCAGAGGGAACAUGCACCAAUAGAUCCUGUUUAAUCACCUUUAAGCCAGGGGCUUUCAUCCCAGCUGUACCAGUGCAGCCUGUGGUGAUUCGUUACCCUAAUAAACUGGACUCAAUCACAUGGACAUGGCAAGGACCUGCAGCGUUUGAAAUUCUGUGGCUGACCCUCUGCCAGCUGCAUAAUGAGUUUGUGAUUGAGUUUCUUCCCAUCUACACACCCUCAGAGGAGGAAAAGAAGAACCCUGCUCUGUUUGCUAUCAAUGUGAGACGCAUCAUGGCAAAAGCCCUGGGUGUACCCAUCACAGACUAUUCAUUCGAAGACUGCCAGCUGGCCAUGGCAGAGGGCCAGCUCAGACUGCCAGUGGACACCUGUCUGCUGGAGUUUGCCAAGCUCGUCAGGAGACUGGGGCUGAAACCACGGAACAUCGAGAAGGUUCUGCAGGAGUAUGGGAACAGAGCCAGGAAGCUGGAGGGGCAGAAGCUGGACUUGGAUGACUUUGCUCAGUUCCUAGACGUGCCAGUUUCCGACAUGCUGCGAGACAUGUUUGCUCUUUUUGAUGAGCAGGAAGAUAACUGCAUGGAUAUCAGAGAGUAUGUGGUAGCCUUAUCUGUCGUAUGCAGACCUGCCAAAACUCUGGAAACGAUGAAAUUGGCCUUCAAGAUGUUUGAGGCAGAGGAGGACGGUGCCAUCACGGAGAUGGAGUUGGCAGGUGUACUGAAGACCGCUUUAGGAGUGACUCACCUCAGCGUGUCGCGUCUCUUUGCUGCCAUCGACUCUGAAGACACAGGGAAGAUUACAUUUGACAAGUUCAGAGGCUUCUUGGAGCAGCACCCAGACUUUGCUGAGGAGUACCUGCACACAGAAAACCCAGGACUUUACAGCGGCCCCUGCCACGGUCACCGAAUAAAGCCCAGCUUGUCUUCCCUUAGCCUGCGAGGCACUGCCACCACCAAAACUUCUAACGGUAUCUGCCCCGAUUUUACCCACAACGACACAAUAGACGGACUCCUCAAGAAACACAACUGA